GUGGCCAGGAAGGAAACAGAGAAGGAAGCGUUGGCUAGGUCUGGUCGCUCUGGUCUGUAGCGGCAGCCUGGAUUGAAAGAAAAAGAACGAAAAACAAGCAAGAGAAUGGAUAUAGCUUUAUUCUCUCCAUCUUCGCUUUUCCCCGACGAAGAUGACACUUCUUCUCAUAAUGAGAAGACAGAGGCUCAGCAAAGCUACGAGGAGAGGAGGCAUGAAUUUCCCGGAAUGGAGUUGUUCAUCCGGGAAUUUUCGUUUCACCAGUUGAAUGCCAAUUUACUCUGGCCUGGGACAUUUGCUUUUGCAGAAUUUUUGGUUCAGCACCGUUCAUGGAUAGAAGGCCGGCGAUGCAUUGAAUUGGGCAGUGGCACUGGUGCUUUGGCCAUAUAUCUCCGAAAGUCUUUUUGUCUUGACAUCACGACAUCAGACUAUGAUGACCAGGAAAUUGAAGAGAACGUAGCUCAUAACUGCAGGGCUAACGGGAUUAUACCUGUCCUUCCUCACAUAAAGCAUACAUGGGGAGCAACCUUUCCUAUCACUGACCCAGAUUGGGACCUGAUUAUUGCUAGUGAUAUCUUAUUGUAUGUGAAACAGUACACAAACUUGAUAAAGACUUUGUCCUUUCUUCUCAAAUCUUACAAGCCCAAGGAUAACAAAGCAGUUAAAAGGAUGGAGAUUGAACAGAAUGGUGGGGUCGGGUUUCCCCAGCCAGUAUUUUUAAUGAGCUGGAGGCGCAGAAUUGGGAAGGAGGAUGAGUCCCUCUUCUUUACUGGCUGUGAGAAUGUUGGUCUUGAAGUAAAGCACAUUGGUUCCCGUGUGUAUUGCAUCAAGCCCAGGCAUGCUACUGUUUCUGGAGACAAUAUAUAGUUAAUAGUUGAAGCCGAAAUUAGAAAUUGCAGUCAGUUGAGUCGAACAAGGUCAAUAAUUCUUUGCACUCCCAUUUUUCUUUUUUAGAAUUUUCAGUAGAUAUGCUUACAUCGGGAGUGUUUUGGUAUUCCUUGAGCACAAAAGUUAUGUUGUCAUUCAAGAGUUUGAGAUGAAUUUUGGUCAGCAUUUUCUUAUUCAUGUAAAAUCAUCUGUGGCCUCUCUGUACACAAAUGACUGCCAUUGUUUUGGAAGAUUACCCAUCAUUUACGACCAUGUCAAAUAUUGUAAUGGCAUCUUAUUGGAGAGGGAGAAUUGUUGAUGGGGGGACCAUAACUCUUGUCUGAAGAUGUAGAUCUUGGCCGAUUGUAUGGUCUUGGGGAUGUCCUAUUUUCAAUUGUCUGGAGCCAACUAGCUAGGCUGUCAUAGUACUGAUAUUCAGUAUGUAGCAUGUGCAAUGUGGUCUAUGUUCUCAACUUAUGCUCGCAUUGCGACCAUAAGCCUCGCCCAGGCCAGCUCACAUGAACUUGUACUUGGCUCUGGUUUCUUAGAACCCUAGUUGAAUGAACCAAUGACGUAGAAUCUAUGAGUUCUGACAAAUUUGAAAGGUUUUCUUUUGGACCAAGACAAUAUCAUACUCCUCCCCCUACUCCUUGGAUGCCCUUGAACGAUUCAUCAUCUUGGAAUGUGACUGGGAGACAGGCUUUCUGAGAAUGUUUAGUCUGGAAAAGCUCCCAGCUAGUCAUUAUAAAAAUAGUCCCACAAAUAAUAUGGCUGUCGUUUAUCAAUAAUUGUUGGUAGCUGAUUGCUAGUACUGCUAUUAUUUUGCUUGGACCACAUGGCCUCUUUAAUUAUUUGAUCAUUGAACUCUUUGGCUCAAGUUCAAUUUUUGGACAAAGAUUGAAACAAGCAUUCUUCAUGGGCAAUGAAAUUCCUGUGUAAAAAGAUUAGCCUCGACUGAUAUUAAAUCAGUGGACAAAGGUAGUCGAGGUAGUCGACAUAAGUUUCAUCUCCUUGACAUUUGUAUCGAUGACUAGGUUGUUGCUUUCAGUUUGUCUUGCACUAGCUUUCCAAAACUACCGAUUUCUUUUGUGUUUGCAUGUAUUUUGAGAGUCUGACCUAAAAAAGUACUGCUUGAUUAGGGAGAUAUCAACGAGUUGGAAAUUGGCUUAAGCUCCUAUUUCGGCUUGGUUGCUUAAGCAUAGUGCAUGUGACAUGCAUUAGAUCUGAUUUUAUUUCAAACACAAACAUGUAAUGCUCCAAGGGAGCUCAUAGUUACAUUUGGGCCCCAUACUCCCAUACUAGUCAAAUGGUAAUUGGAGCUCUCAUUAAGGCCCCA